GAACACAGAGGUAGUUCAUGUGCAAAAAAAACGCACGAGAAAGAAGACAGUUGUUGGCAUGGCAUGGUGGCUUCCUGUAUUUUAUGUUGUUCACUUCACGUUUAGUUUCACUCAGUCGCAACAUUUGAACUGCCGAUAAGUUGGAUCUUUUUUUUAAGUAUUACAACACCAUGGAUGACCGAGAGCUGGAUUUGACGGAGGCGCAGAAGGUCGUCAAGGCAAAAUACCCACCGAUUAACAAGAAGUACGAAUAUUUGGAUCAUACUGCAGAUGUCCAAAUCCAUUCAUGGGGCAACACUCUGGAAGAAGCGUUUGAACAGUGCGCAAUGGGCAUGUUUGGCUACAUGACGGACACAGAAACAGUGCAACCUACUGAUACGGUCGACGUUGACUCAGAGGGGCAUGACAUGGAAUCUCUCCUUUUCCACUUUCUUGAUGAUUGGUUAUUCAAGUUCAGUGCUGAUCUUUUCUUUGUCCCAAGGGAAAUCAAAGUUACGCACAUUGAUAGAAUGCAAUUCAAGAUCCGAUCAAUUGGGUGGGGUGAGGAGUUCUGCCUAGACAAGCAUCCACAGGGAACUGAGGUGAAGGCCAUCACAUACUCUGCAAUGCAAAUCCAUGAUAAAGAGAAAUCUGAAAUCUUUGCCAUUGUGGACAUCUGACGAGGACCACAGGGGAUCCCCCCAUGCUACAUACCACCGACAAGGAACCCCUCAGGCCUGUGGAGGGUCACCCCUCUUUUAUAUGCACUGAAAAUUAGCAUUGAAGGCUGCUCGGAAAGCAAACUAAUAUUUAUUAUGAAUCUAAACUAUGGCCUUUCAGAAGUCAGUUGGAAAGUCUUUCAACACAUCUGGCCUUCAAGAGUCCCACUGAUAUACCGGUAUCAUAAUAGUCUAUUUUCAAAUUAUUAUACUCCUUUCUAAACUAUUAUUUUACUCUAGCAUUAAAUUGUUAGUCAUAUUCUUACACACAGUAAUUGUAAGCAAGUACAGAAAGUAGGUCACUCACUGAAAUAUUUUUAAUGGAUGCUAUUUUUAGAAUAAUUUAGUUACCAUCAAGUAACUUUAAUCGUUUAAUAAUUUGGUUUAUUGUUUACAUUUUUUUUAUUAAAAGUAGUGAUUGCCUAUGACUUUUAUUCAAAUCUUGGUGUAAUAAAAAAAAUGUUUAAUAAAUAUUUAUUUUUAUUAUAUAUGUUUUUAAUAUAAUUGUAUUAUGUUUACCGUUUUAAAGCCUACAUCAUUCAGAUAUUUUGGAUGAAAUAUUGUCAGUAGUGCUGUGCAUAGUUCUCUGAAGAGUUUGGGUCGGAGCGACAUUAGUGGCAAUAGGCUAAAUUCCCAUACAAAUUGCAAUGCCACUCUGGGGGAGAUGGCACUUAGAGCCUGGACCUGAAACCAACAAAUGAAAGGGUGGAGAUAUGUCAUGUUUAUUGUUAGGUUAGUUAUAAUUAAUUGAGGUUAUUAAUCAAAAAAUAAAAUUGGAUCUGUGAGACUUGAGUUUACCUAUUAUGCGCAAAACAUUGACACAACUGACUUGUGUAUUAUAACAUUUGGUUCAAUAGUAAUGAACAGUAAUGUAGCAUAUAAGCAUAAUGGGAAAUAUUUACCAUUAAAAACCGUGUUAUGGUGGGAGAAGCUACAUUACUUGCUCCAGACACUUUUCAUGCUCACCGCAGUUGUGAUCCAUUCAAAGUUUAUAUAGAUACGUUAUAAAGGAUUCAAAAUGUUGGUUAUUAAAAAUAAAUCUAAUCUGCACUAUUAAUUACAAAAAUCGAGGCUUUUUUUCCCCAUGCAUAACGCAUGUAUAUUUCACAUAUUUAGCUUCAUUUACUAAAUUAUGAGGGCAACAAAGGCCGAAAAUCAUUUAUGAUUCUGUACAGUACAUAAUAGCUUCUCGUGUGUAGGGUACAUGGCAGCGUUUGAACGUCCUCUCGAUUCGGAUUGGCCGUGACGUCAUUGCCGAGUCCCGUAUAUACUCCCUUUUGACCACACAAACCAUUAUCGCAACCUCCAACGCUGCAACUGCGCCAUUCAUUUUUUUUUUUGAAAACACAACGGCCUACCAGUAAAAGGAUACGAAACAAAGAUUACCUAUUCACCAUAAAAAAAACACUCGUCUUUUACAGCCGACGGAUUCUUUUUUGCAAA